AUGGUCAACGUAGCCAACCCCAACAUCAAAUCCAAGCUCCGCCAAAGCAACCGCGCCGCCAAGCUCCGCAAAAUCGCCCAGAAGCGCUCGGCGGCGGCCAAGCACGGCGCCGACAGGGUAUCCAAGGCCGACACGAAGAGGGGCGCGCGACCGGGUUUACUCCCCACGAGCGGGCCGAGGGCGCCGAUUAGCGCGAAGAAGAGGAGGAAGUUGGAGAGGAAGUUGGGGUAUGCUGCGAAGAGGAGGAUGGAGGCUGAGGGGGAGGUUGAUAUGAAGGGUGAGGGGGAGAAGGAGGAGGAGAUGGAAGUUGAGGGGCAGAUUGAGUAG